UGGCCUCUUUUACGCCGCGUAAUGGAAAUAGCAGGAUAACGGUAUUCCAGCGGUUUUUUGCUCCUAGUGGCCGCGGCACCGGAAAAAAAAAACGGGUCAGCCGUGAGCACGUGUUUUUGAACUAAGUUAGGCAUCUGUCUGAUCAGAUCGGCGGAAUGGUGUUUUUGAGAUGUCACCGGAGCAAGUAUAUAUGGGCCACUCUGGGUGUGUUGGCGUUUUUGUGGCUCUACAUCUUCCCCGUGUACAGGAUACCCAGCGAUAAGGAAAUGGUGGAUGAGGUUCUGCGGCAGGGACAAAUCUGGACCAGAAACCAAACCGGAGUAGAUCUUUACAGGAAGCUGCUGACAGAAUGCUGUGACCCAAAGAGGAUGUUUGCAGUUACUAAGGAGAACUCGCCAAUAGGCAAAGUCUUGUGGUAUGAUGGGGAGAUCUACCAUUAUCACACAGUCAACAAUGAAACCUACCCGUUCUUUGUUCAGGAUACACCAUUGCAGCUUCCUCUGAAGAAGUGUUCAGUUGUGGGCAAUGGAGGGGUCCUGAAACACAGUGGCUGUGGAAAAGAAAUUGACCAAGCUGACUUUAUCAUGAGAUGUAACCUUCCUCCUCUGUCCAAAGAGUACACCACUGAUGUUGGUACCAGAACACACCUGGUGAGCGCGAAUCCUAGCAUUAUUGAAAAGAACUUUCAGAACCUACUAUGGUCCCGCAAAUCCUUCGUAGAAAGUAUGAAGGCAUUUGGUUCCAGCUACAUCUACAUACCAGCGUUCUCCAUGAAGCCUGGCACUGACCCUUCCCUGCGGGCAUACCACACCCUUGCAGACUCCGCCUCCAACCAGACUGUCCUGUUUGCCAACCCGGACUUCCUUAAAAACGUUGGUCGAUUCUGGAAGAACCAUGGCGUCCAUGGCAAACGGCUGUCCACAGGGCUGUUCCUGGUGAGCCUUGCCCUUGGCUUGUGUGAAGAGGUAACCACUUACGGUUUCUGGCCGUUUUCGGUGGGGCUGGAUGAGCGACCGGUUAGCCACCACUAUUAUGACAACAUUCUCCCAUCCUCAAGAUUUCACACCAUGCCUGAGGAGUUCCUGCAACUCUGGCACUUGCACAAGAGCGGCACGCUGCGUAUGCGGGUUGGUGAUUGUGCAAAAGAAGGACAGAGGAAGAGGGAAAAAUAAGUGGAAGUGUUGCCAGGGGCAACUCCGUAUAUCCCCACAGGAACAGGAUGGCCAGGAUGGCGAUUAGCAUGUGAAUACUGUGAGCUGUGAAGUGGUGCCCCACCCCCAAAGCUGGGCCUCUUUUUGGUGUCUAUAUGCUUGAACCUAACCUGCUACCAACAAACCCCACCCUCUUGUUACCAAGGGACUGUUGUAAAGACUUGCAUGUGUACCCAUCCUCAUGUAUGCACUCACUGGAAGCUUGUUGUGUCCGUCUGUAGAAGUGCCGGGGUGAUGAGGGGCUCAGGUGUCAUGUGACCUAUUUAAACUGCAUCCACCAGCAGUUGGACCCUUGAAUCUAAGGACUAUUUGUUCACUUAAUAUAAAGACAGAUUGGGGGAGGGGCUGCUUCAAACAAUGUCUUAAGAACUUUAAAUGGGAACUCAGAAAUUGGGAGCAAUGCUUUGAUCGUUUGGCUUUUUCUUUUUUUUUUUUUAACUGAUUCUUUUAGAGUUUUGAGGAAAUGGAAUAAGGAAUAAUGUGGAAAUCUUUCUCGCAGUGUUCACAUAUACACAAAUCAGUGUAAAACUACAGGUUUAGCCUGGAAAAGGGAAGGCAUUGAAUGUACAGCCACAUUUUAAACACCCGUUUCAAAAAUUUGAGACUGCUUUAAAAUGACGGCUGCAGUUCUUGUAUUAUUGUGAAUAUAUUUCUAGUUUUAUUUAUUUUUAACAUUCAGUGAAGUAGGACAUUUACUGAGAACCACCUUGUCAGUCUAGAUCAGUCAUGAAACUAAUUUCUUACAUGACCAUAGUGUUUUGUCAAGUUUGGAUUGGGAAGUCAUGGGUUGAGAGACCACAUCCAGUUGGAAGACUUCCACAAAACAGAAAAAGUGCGAUUGAGUUUAUGGUGACACCUGUGGCGGCAUCUUUAAGUAUUAUUUGUGUAUGUGUUUGAAUUCAGUCAUUUGAUGUUAUGCAGUGGUGUAAUAAGCCCUCGUCACAUGGUCGAAGGGGCACCAAUCAUACGAUAAAUGUUUUUUUGCUUGCUAAGGUGCUGGACACCUAGUCCGGAACAUGUAAAUAAUCAAUCACCAGUUUCGUUACGGUUUCCACAAGAAUCAUGGGUUCUCUGAAUGUAAUGGCAGCCAUUUUGGUAGUCUGCCCAGUAACUUGAUUCCUUGACUUGUUUUUUUUGUUUUUUUCGUUAAACAGGGAAUUAGGUUUAAAUUUGUAGGUGCUAGCUGUAACACAUGCACUCCAGCUUAGUCUUGAUAUAUCAUCAGUGUAAUAGGUAUGACUGGUAGGAGAAUGCACUAUUAUGUUGAUAUAAAGCCUGAAACCUCAGUAUUUAUAGGGUUAGUUCACCCAAAAAUGACAAUUGUCAUCAACUACUUACCCCAUGUCAUCCCAAAUAAGAAUUUCUUUCAUCUUCUAAACACAAAUUAAAAUAUUUUUAAUGAAACCGGAGAGUUUUGAGCUCCAUUGAAAGCCUACAUUUUCAUGCUUCAAAAAACAAAAAGAUAUAAGAAAUUGUAAAAGCAAUCAAGCGGUUUAAUCCAAGCCUCAUGAAGAGGCAUAAAGAUUGAAGUUUUACAUAAAGAUUGAUCAACACACACGUGUGCAUGUGAGCAUCUUGAAUAUGGUAAAUGGAAGCCCAACUGUUCUUUUCUUGAUGCCCAAGAACAAACCUCAUUGGUUUUCAUUUGCACUUUCUGAAACGUCAAAGUUUUGGUGUAAUGGACUUUCAAUGGAGGGACAGAAAUCUCUCAGAUUUGUCUUGUGGGUUUGGAAUGACAUGAGGGUGAGUAAAUGAUGACAGAAUUUUCAUUUUUAGAUGAACUAUCCCUUUAAUGGGAGAACAGAGUUGCCUUUAAAUGUGUCUGCCAUUUAAAGCAGGUGUGUUAGCAUUCAGGUAGCUAGCUAUAAGACAGCUUGACUAACUUGCUUUGCGAGAUUCUCUUAAAACUGUUGUUCCACUAUCUAAUUCUACAUUCAGUUUACACUUUAAUUUCCACUACAUGAAAGAAAAAACUGAAUGUAGCAUAAUAUUACCCGUGGCAACACUGAGAAUGUGUACUUGAAACUGAGUUCUGACAGAUUUUCAGCUAGAAGUUGUUGUGUAUACAUACAUGCUGUUUGUGCAUUAAUAUCGACAACUCUACAGUGAGCAUAACCGGGUCACAUUUCACCCCAAUCAAAAGAAAAAUGGCAAUUAAGCACAUUUCCCCUCCAUGUUC